CCAGCUGAUCACACAUCGCCCCCCGUGGACAGGGAGACAGUGCUCACUCACACACUCACUCAUUCGCUCGUUACUCACUCACUCACUCACUCGCACCUUUCUAGUCUGAGCGAGGCGACUGGUGGUAGCUGUUUUUCAAUACCGAUUGUAAUUGAUUUCUGUGGAUAUGUAGUGAUGAUCUCUUACCGUGCCAGCUACACCUUAGCUUACUGGAGGUAGAGAUUUGGCCAGCCUCCAUGUUGCAUACAGCUCUCGGCCGACGAUCUCUGCUUCUGUUUUUUCUUUGCGUAGUGUUAGCUCUCCUGGAAUGUUUGCGGGGAGAAGUCUUCUCCUCGGUGUCUAAGGUUCGAGCCUUGAUACAACACGAGGCCCAGCUGCUCAAACAUUUGGAGCGAGUUGUUGAGAUAUCAGAGAAACUGCAGGAAGAGCCAGACAGGCUGCUAAAUCUCAGGCGGUCACUGAAAUGCCUCAAGGAGAGACACGACUCACACAAGGCUGUCCCGUGCCUGGGGGAGAAUCCUGUCUUUGCCUUCUCGUACAUCCGGAGACUGGUCAGAGACUGGGCACUGGUCACAUCAACUGGCAACAAGUCGAGCGAUAACUCCGUCCUUACAGACAAUCUACGACGAAUGCGUGAGGCGAUCUCCAGAUGGCACAGAUGGCCUACAGAGGCCGACGUGUACGGCGCUGGGCUCAGUCUCCUGCGUCUGAGCUCCAUCUACAAACUGUUCCCGCACAGCCACCCUCCUAAACGGGUCCAGGAAGAAGCUUGCCCUCACCAUGCAAUAUCGGACUAUUUCCAAAGCCUCCCGAACCGUCAAUAUAACUUAAUAAAUUACGACUGGAAUUUUUCAUCGCCGUUAUUAUAUCACUCCGAGCUAAAAGGUCUUUCUCGUUUUGGGUGGCUGAGAAAACUCCCGUUGGGAGUCUGUGGAGCGAAACACAAUAACAACCCUACAAUUGAACGCCGAGACAACAAAUGCAAGCCUUCAAACAACUGGCUGGAAGUGGAUGACUUUGUUGCUGUUGCCCAAAGUGCAGUAAAUAAUUCACUGCACAAGGAAGCUUUGAGUUGGAUAUCUCUGGCCCAGAAGUCGUGGGAGGUUGGCAGUGGAUCUGACCUGUUCGAACAAUCAUCAUCAAUAAAAGAUCUGCGGCGGAAAGUUGAACAAGCGCUAAAUAAACAGAAGG